GGCUUGCAGCUGAUUGCACGACAUUGAACUCCCUAUAAAUAUUGAACAUUUGCCAGUUUCAUCUAUGAGCAGAGGAAGAGAGAAAUUUCAGACCUGCCAAGUUCACAGACAGCCUUGGAAUGAAGUGCCUUGUGCUUGCCAUAACUUUACUGGUGGUCGUCACAGCAGGUCCCGUGUCAGUGGAAGACCUAGAGUUUUAUGCAUGGAAGUUAAAAUAUGGAAAGUCAUACAGGUCUACCGAAGAAGAGACCCGUCAUAGGGAGACUUGGCUGGUGAAUCGGAAGCGGGUCAUCAUGCAUAAUAUGUUGGCUGACAAGGGGAUCAAGACCUUCUGGCUGGGCAUGACCUACUUUGCUGAUUUGACAAACCAGGAGUACAGGCAAAUGGCCUUCAAAGGCUGCUUCGGUCUCUUCAACACUACCAAGGCCAGACGUGGUUCUACUUACCUGUGGCAGAGUGGAAAGAAUAGCAUCCCAUCUUCUGUAGAUUGGAGGGAGAAAGGCUACGUUACAGAAAUCAAGGACCAGAAAGAUUGUGGUUCCUGCUGGGCUUUCAGUGCUACUGGAGCUUUGGAAGGACAGAAUUUUAGGAAGACCCAAAAGCUGGUGUCUCUGAGUGAACAGCAGUUAGUGGAUUGCUCUGGAGAUUAUGGCAACUUUGGCUGUGGUGGUGGGCUCAUGGACCAGGCCUUCCAGUACAUUAAGGAGAAUGGAGGCAUAGACACUGAAGAGUCAUACCCCUAUGAGGCUACGGAUGGCAAAUGCAGAUUCAACCCUGACACCAUCGGUGCCACGUGCUCUGGAUAUGUUGACAUCAAUAGUGGAGAUGAAAAGGCUCUGCAAGAAGCAGUGGCCACAAUUGGCCCAAUUUCAGUGGGCAUUGAUGCGGGUCACGAGUCCUUCCAGCUUUAUGAAAAAGGAAUCUACAAUGAGCCUGACUGCAGUAGCUCUGAUCUGGACCAUGGAGUCUUGGCUGUUGGCUAUGGGACAGAAAAAGGAAACGACUACUGGCUGGUUAAAAACAGCUGGGGUCUUGACUGGGGCAGCAAAGGCUACAUCCAAAUGAGCAGAAACAAGAAGAACCAGUGUGGGAUCGCCACGGCCGCCAGUUACCCACUUGUCUAAAGAGCACGGAAGACUAAAACAGUCCUACCUUAUGUACCAUCCACCUGUGCAAGUCCGUUCCAGUUACCAUAGAUGACUUCACUUCCAGCUCCUAUGGAUUACCUCACUUCCAGUCUCCUCUUGAUGACUUCAUUACCGUCCCUCCGAUUCUGACAUCAUCUCCAGCUCCUUCAAACAGCAUCACAUCUGCCUUUGAUUUCAUUUCCUCCUUGUCAUUUGAAUUUCCUGACAUGUGUCCAUAAAAGCACAAAGAAGCUAA